ACGAGUCGAACACAAAUGUACCAACUUUGUUAUCAGCUGCUGAUAAGGUGCCCUUAUAUACAGUGAGCGUCUGUGGGCUGCACACAGAUCUCCUGGAAGAACACAGCAGAAACAGAUUGACUGCAAAGGGAUACAGAAAUAAUCUGCCAUACUCAGUAUCAUUUGAGAACACCACCAUGUUUCCCAAAGCAAUCCUCCUGCUUCUGGCUGCUGCCUUUCUCACAGGCUGUCGGGCUGAGAGCAAUGGAGAUCAGGUUCGAGAUGCCUUCUGGAAUUACAUCAGCCAAAUGACUGAGGAAGCCCAGGAUAGUGUCGAGCUGAUCCAGAGCUCAGAAAUCGGACAGCAACUCAAUCACCUUAUUCAGGAUAAUCUGCAGACUGUCAAUGACUAUGCUGAGGAUCUCCGACAGAAGUUGGCUCCUUACACCGAUGGUCUUCAUGAGAAGAUGACAGUCGACAUUGAGAGCCUUCGCCAGCAGAUAAGAGAACAGCUGGAAGACCUGAGGGAGAAACUUGCUCCCUUUGCUGAUGGAGUUCAUCGGAAGAUCAGCAGGAACAUUGAAGAAUUUCAUCAGAAGUUGACCCCUUUUGCUGAAGACCUGGGCCAACAGCUGCGUAAGAAUGCAGAGGAACUUCGGCAGAAGUUGACUCCCUUUACUGAAGAGCUACAGGCCAGAUUGGAAGUGAGCACAGAGAACCUGAGGGAAGUCCUGACUCCCUAUGCUGAGGAGCUCCAGAUGAAGAUUGAUGAAAACAUGGACACCUUCAGGCAGAAUGUGGCUGCCAAAGCUGAAAAAUUCCGCUCCAGGUUUAAUGAGAAUGUCCAGGAGCUUCGCAAUAGCUUGGCCCCCUAUGCCAAGGAUGUCCAGAUCAAGAUGAACCAACAAAUUGGAGAAAUGUCCCAGAUGGUUGAACCAUAUGCCGAGAAGCUCCAGGCAAAAGUCAAUGAGCAUGUGGAUGUUCUGAACCAAAGGCUGAACCCUUACAUCGUCGAACUGAAGGCUAAACUUAACGAGAACAUGGACCAGAACCUGGGCCAAUUCAUUGAAAAUUUCAACACCAACGUUAACCAGGGAAUCGAGGAGUUCCAUCAGAACCUGGCUCCCUACACUGAGCAGCUGAAACAAAUCAUCAGUCAGAAUGUGAAGGAGAUGCAGGACAGACUUGUCCUGAAUGGAGGUAAUGUUCAGCAGGAUCUUCAGACCCAGCUCACCAAUUUAUGGGGCAACUUCUGGCAGCAUCUGCAGAACUAAUUGAGAUGUAGAGUGUGGCUCUAUCAAACUGUGUGUCAAGACUCAGGGGUCCUCUUACUAUCUCAAAUGGUAAUAUGCCGAAAUUAUUUAUUGUUUUUCGACUGAAAAGUAUUAAAAUCAAAUACUGAAACUUUGGAGCGUGAACUAUAAAAUACCUGCAAUAAAACUUUAAUAUCUGAGAA